AUGUUACAAGUCGUACCAGCCACCAAACCGUCUAGGGAUGUAAAAGAGACAGUUCAUCGAUUCUUCAGAAAAUUGACCAUUCCGCGCGGAGUCAAGCAGCCGACGAUAUAUGACAUGGGACUAGGCAAAGAAUUGCCCCAGGACCUGAAAGGCAAAAUCGUUUGGGAACCACUGGGCCAUAUCGGCGAAGGGGGUGGCGGGAAAGUGUAUAGAGGCAAAUGUAAACUUGGUCGCGGCAACAAAGUCUGGGUUGCAAUCAAAUUUUUGGAAAUGCGAGCUGGCUCGAACAUGGAUAUCAAGAUUGUACAGUAUCUCCACAGAGAGACUCUGGUGUGGCGCGACCUGAAGCACCCUAACAUCUUACCCUUGCUAGGGAUUUGCUCCGACCUGAAUAAUCCAACGACCCGCGUACCCGCCCUGAUAUCUCCCUACUGUCCUCACGGUAACCUGAGAGAAUACUUGGAACGUCAUCCCGAUGUCCCACGUCUACCUCUGGCACAUCAAGUGGUUAGUGCGAUACACUAUAUUCAUGCAAAAGACAUAAUUCAUGGUGAUAUCAAACCGGACAACAUCCUUAUCAACGAGGAGGGCAGACCUCUCUUGUCUGACUUCGGCAGAUCCAGAAUCAUCGGCGUUGACGGCUUUGAAACAACCUUGACGUCCUCCCAACAUUACACCGCUCCGGAGCUUCUCAACUAUGAAGAAGAUAUCGUGCCGUUGACCAAACCGUCCGAUAUAUUCUCGCUGUCGGUAACACUACUUCGGGUGAUAACGGACCGGGACCCUUUCCACCCUCGAAGGGGACCAAUACUUGGCAAUCUCUUCCGCGAGGGCAAGAAACCGACCCUCGAGGUGUAUCUCGACCACCCUCUAAUGUCUCUAGGCCUUUGGGAUCUGUUAGACAAAGGAUGGUCAUACGACCCGGCUAAGCGACAAAACGCGGACGAAGUCAUGGAAGCUUUGGAAGCUCUUCCUGUAACUCCUAGUGUAAUCGAGUAG